AUGGCCACCUUUACCAAGAUCCCAGACGAUGAGACGCCUGUUGUGUCCGUGAACCCCACCCACAAGAUCUCCAAGAUCGAAGACAAUACAUAUGGUGGUUUUACAGAACACAUGGGUCGCUGCAUCUAUGGCGGGAUUUACGACCCAGGCAACCCCCUCUCGGACGAGAACGGGUUCAGGAAGGACGUGAUCGAGGCAUUCCAAGAGUUGAAGUGUCCUGUUGUGCGAUAUCCCGGAGGAAACUUCAUCGCCACGUAUCAUUGGCAAGAUGGUGUCGGGCCACGGGAGAAGCGACCCAAGAGGAAGGAGCUGGCAUGGCACGGCAUUGAGACGAACCAGUUCGGAACAGAUGAGUUCCUCAAGUGGUGCGAGGUCGUCGGAACCGAGCCAUACCUCUGCCUCAACUUUGGAACUGGCACACUCGAUGAGGCCAUGGGCUGGGUGGAAUACUGCAAUUCCGACUCCGACAGCCACUAUGCCAACAUGCGCCGCGCCAACGGGCGGGACAAGCCGUACAAUGUCAAGUACUGGGCUCUCGGCAACGAGUGCUGGGGUCCAUGGCAGGUCGAGCAGAUGACACAGGAGGACUACGCCAAGAAGGCCACCCAGUGGGCCAAGGCGAUCAAGCUGCUCGAUCCGAGCGUCCAGCUGAUCCUGUGUGGCAAAGAAGGGCCAACAGCAUGGGACUACCACGUCACCAAGGAGUGCAUCAACUACACCAUGCACAUCCUCGGGAACAAUGAUGCGUCGUGCCUCAUUGACAUGCAUAGCAUCCACAUCUACACAGCCUCCAGCGACCACCUGAAGAACGUGACGGCACCUCGACAGGCGGAGCGGGCCAUUGAGAUCACCAGCGGACUCAUCGACCUGGCACGCAUCGAGAACAAGGUCCCGCCGAGCAUCCACAGGCAGAAGAUCUGCUUCGACGAGUGGAACGUGUGGGACCCGGUGCGCGCCCCGGGCUGGCUUGGGGCCGAGGAGCAGUACACGCUGUCCGACGCGCUCGCCGUGGCCAACUGGCUCAAUGUGCUGAUCCGCCAGAGCAAGAACAUUGGCAUGGCGACGAUUGCGCAGUCGGUCAAUGUCAUCGCGCCGCUCAUGACCACCAAGACGGGCCUGAUGAAGCAGGCUACGUGGUGGCCACUGCUCCUCUUCAGCAAGUACAUGAGGGGUUCCACGGUGGCGUGCCACGUCCAGAGCGGCGAGUACGACGGUCCCACGCAGCCGGCGUGGAUCAGGGGGACGAUUGAGACGCCGUGGCUCGAGGUGAGCGCGGCGGUGAACGACGAGGGCGUGGUUUCGCUGGUUGUGGUGAACAUUCACGACACCAAAGACUUUGGAACCAAGGUGGAGGGCAUCACCCCUGGCGCAAAGGUCGACGUGUAUACCGUCACGGGCGAGAGCUUGCAAAGCACCAACACGGAGGAGAAGACGGAGGUUGGGAUCCAAGAGAGCAGCUGGACGGCCGAGGCGACGUACACCUUCCCCAAGGCAUCGAUGACUAUGCUGCGAUGGAAGCCUUGA